CUACCAGAGCAAGCAGCCUGCCUGCCUUUUUCCAUCGUCUUCCUCUCCCCUCCACACACACCACACAGUUGCGUCGUCCAGCGGCCGCUGUGCGUGCGUGCGUGCUGCCUUUCCUGCUUUCUUUCCACCCGGCCGCUUUCCCCCCAUCUCCAAAUCUCUCCAAAAUCCGCGCCGCGCCGGCCCGCCGGCGGGCCGGCCUCCGGUCCCAGCAAACAAACCCAGCCAGCCGGGGGGGCUGGGCUUUACUGCUUUACACCACCGCAGCCGCCGCCGAGUCCGGCCGGCCUUGCAGGCACAUGAGAUCAUGAGCUCGGAGGACUCGCUCAAGUCGCUGUCGCUGGACUACCUGAACCUGCUCAUCAACGGGCAGGCCUUCAGCGACGUGGCCUUCAGCGUGGAAGGCCGGCUGGUGCACGCGCACCGCUGCGUGCUGGCGGCGCGCAGCCUCUUCUUCCGCAAGCUCUUCUGCGGCCUCGACCCCAACCACCAGCCUCCCCCGCCGCCGCCGGGCUCCUCCGCCGGGCGCGCGGCGCCGCCGGACCUCGUCAUCCCCGUCAGCUCCAUCCGCUACGAGGUGCUCGUCCUCGUGCUCCAGUUCCUCUACAGCGGCCAGGCCUCCGUCGCCGCGCCCAAGAGCGGGCCCCUCCCCGGCUGCGGCGCCAGGGGCUGCUGGCACACCCGCUGUGGCGCCGCCGUCGACCUCGCCCUUGAUACCCUCGCCGCCGCUCGCUCCUUCGGCGUCGAGCAGCUCGCCCUCCUCGUCCAGAAGCAGCUGGAGGCCAUGGUGAAGGAGGCGUCGGUGGACGACGUGAUGAAGGUGCUGAUGGCGUCGCGCAAGUUCGAGAUGCAGGAGCUCUGGGCCACCUGCUCCCACCUGGUGGCGCGCUCGGGCCUCUCCGCCGACCUCCUCGCCAAGCACCUCCCCAUCGACGUGGUGGCCAAGAUCGAGGAGAUCCGCGCCAAGUCCCCUGCCGUCGUCUCCCCCGCCGGCUCUGGCGGCGGGCCGCGCUCGCCGUUCCUCACCCACCACUACCUCCCCAUCAACGCGGCGUCGUCGGCGGCGGACCGCGACCACAGGAUCCGGCGCAUGCGCCGGGCCCUCGACGCCGCCGACAUCGAGCUCGUCAAGCUGAUGGUGAUGGGCGAAGGGCUGGACCUCGACGACGCCCUGGCCGUGCACUACGCCGUCCAGCACUGUGGGCGCGACGUCGUCAAGGCGCUGCUGGAGCUCGGCGCCGCCGACGUCAACUCCCGCGCCGGCCCCGCGGGGAAGACGGCGCUGCACCUGGCGGCCGAGAUGGUGUCCCCCGACAUGGUCUCCGUGCUCCUGGACCACCACGCCGACCCCAACGCCCGGACGCUCGACGGCGUGACACCGCUCGACGUGCUCCGCAGCCUCACCUCCGAGUUCCUCUUCAAGGGCGCCGUCCCGGGGCUCACGCACAUCGAGCCCAACAAGCUCAGGCUCUGCCUGGAGCUCGUGCAGUCCGCGGUGAUGGUGGCCACGCGCGACGACGGCGCCGGUACCGGUACCGGCGGCGGCGACACCGGGGGAGGAGGAAGCGACGGCGGCGGGAGCUUCCCGAGGGGAGACGCCGCUGACGACAGCUUGGUGAGCCUCACCAUGAACUCCACGCUCAUGUACCAGGGCCAGGAUUUGGCGGCGGCGAUGGCCGGCGGCGAGGCCAGGAAAGGGAGCGGCGGCGGCGGCCGAGGAGGGAGCCCAUCCAACUUGUACUUCCCCAAUGGCUUCCCAUAAUAAGUAUUUGAUUUCCCCUCAUCAAUCAAGCAAGCAAUGCCUUUCGUUUUCUUUUUAUAUAUCCAUCCAAAAGAUGAUCUUUCUCUACCUCUUUCAAUUAUUAUAUCUGUUGGAUUGGAUCUUUAAUUUGCAUUGUGAGGAUGAUGGUCGUGUAGCUAGCUACUACAGUACUAUUUAACGAGCUAGGACAUAUGAGCCAGCAAGUAAUGCAAGAAUUUCAUGGUA